GGAAAAAAAAGAGGAACUUCAAUUCCUCAAUCUCACAACACACAAACACAUAUAAAAGCAGCAAAUUUCCUUAAGCUCGUCCUCUUCUCUCACUACUUCCCUUUAUAAAUAAACAAAAUCCAAUCUUGAAGAGACCCCUUUUAUUUCCUCUUUAUUCUAUUAUAUGGGUGCUUUGAAUUUUCAGUGACUGCAUAUGAAUUAUGUUAAAAUAGCUCGAAACAUGUGAUUUUCAGCAUAUAUCUUAUGCGGGUUGUGUGAAUUUCCUGGAAUUAUUGAGUUGUUUUGUUGAAUUUGGCCCUAAAAAAAUGAAUCUUGGAGUCAAUUCCAUGUCUUUAACUACUUCAAGUGCUUCUUGGAAGUCCGGCGACGCAGUUUCCGACCAAUUUCCGGCGGGGUUGAGAGUUCUCGUCGUCGACGAUGACCCCACUUGUCUUAGGAUCUUGGAAAAGAUGCUGAGGAAUUGCCGCUAUGAAGUUACCAAAUGCAGUCGAGCUGAGGUCGCGUUGAAGUUACUUAGGGAUAACAAGGAUGGAUUCGACGUUGUUAUUAGCGAUGUCCACAUGCCGGAUAUGGAUGGUUUUAAGCUUUUGGAGCACAUUGGGUUGGAGAUGGAUCUGCCAGUCAUUAUGAUGUCGGCUGAUGACAGCAAAAGUGUCGUGAUGAAGGGUGUCACUCAUGGUGCUUGUGACUAUCUGAUAAAGCCGGUUCGGAUGGAGGCAUUGAAGAACAUAUGGCAGCAUGUGGUUCGUAAGAAGAAGUACGAGUGGAAGGAGAAGGAUAUGGAACAGUCGGGGAGCGUGGAAGAUGGAGGAGAGCGGCAGCAAAAGCCUUCGGACGAUGCUGAUUACUCCUCUUCAGCUAACGAAGGGAAUUGGAGAAGUUCGAGAAAGAGGAAAGAGGAGGAGGAUGACGGUGAUGACAAGGAUGAUUCGUCUACAUUGAAGAAACCGCGUGUUGUUUGGUCUGUUGAGCUGCACCAGCAAUUUGUGACCGCUGUUAAUCAACUUGGGAUCGACAAGGCUGUGCCGAAGAAAAUCUUGGAAUUAAUGAAUGUCCCGGGCCUCACUAGAGAGAACGUUGCAAGCCACCUUCAGAAAUAUCGUCUUUAUCUUAGAAGGCUUAGUGGACAACCCCAGAAUGGACUCGGGAACUCGUUUCUUGGACCCCAGGAUGGAGGUUUUGGUUCGAUGAGUUCGCUCAACGGCCUCGAUCUUCAAGCUCUUGCUUCUUCGGGUCAAAUCCCAGCUCAAAGCCUUGCAACGAUCCAAGCUGCAGCGCUUAGUAGGGUGACCAACAAAUCCGGUAUAUCUGUGCCCCUUGUCGAUCAACGCAACAACAUCUUCAGCUUCGAUAAUCCAAACAUCAGGUUUCUAGAUGGGCAGCAACACCAUAACAAUGGUAAGCAAGUGAAUCUACUCCACGGAAUCCCUACUAAUAUGGAUUCGAAACAGCUUGCUGCUAUGCACCAGUCUGCGCAGCCCUUUGGCAAUAUGCACAUGAACGUCCACUCGCAGUCAGGCCAAAGCAAUUCUUUGCUCACGCAGCUGGUUCAACCGCAGUCGAGGACACAAAUGUUAAACGAAGUUGGCAGCAACCAGGUCUUGAAUCUUCCAUCAUCCGUGGGGCAACCAGGUUUGUCUCAGGCGAUCCCCGGAUCUGUCUUCAGCCGGUAUGGAAUUGAUAAUGUUCGUGCUCCGACAUACGCGUCUCUUUCCCAGCCCUCGUCCGUGGUAGAAUUUUCAAGGAGUCAGGGCAUAGAGUUGUCUGGGAACACGAUUCCACUCAGUAGUAACUCGGGAAUCCCAAGCUUCACCUCGAAAGGGAUGCUCCAAGAAGAGGUGAACUCCGAAAUGAAAGGCCCUAGAGGCUUUCUGCCCAACUUUGACGUGUUCAAUGAGCUCAACCAGAACAGAACCGACGAUUGGGGCCUGCAGAAUGUCGGAUCGAGCUUUGAAUCUCCUCAGCAUUCGAAUGCUCAAGGCCGUCUGGAUGUUGCACCGUCCGUUUUAGUUCAACCGGGGUUCGCCUCUGAUCAUAGGAGUGGACAUAUCCGGGCUACAUCCGUUAAUAAGGCAGCUUUCUCGGCUGCCUCCAGCCUUAGCAACAGCACGAGCCUCGGGCAGCAGCAGCAGCAGCUCACGUCAUCACAUGGCGAUAACUCUCUAAGAAUCAAGACGGAAAGACUACCCGACAUGGGCUUUGGAAGCAGCCUCUUCCCCGAUCAGUUCGGCCAGGAGGAUCUCAUGAGCGCGCUUCUCAAGCAGGUAAACUACGUAUUCCACAAAUCUUAUGUGAUAAAAUUGAUGAACUCUAUAGUAGUAAGACGGUUUCUUACUUACAGCAGCAAGAAGGGCUGGUGCCGGUGGAAAACGAAUUUGGCUUCGACGAAUACCAGCUGGAUAAUCUCCCGGCUUAGCCUGCUCGUUCACUGCAGCUGAUCGCUCGCGUUUUCAGAUCUUUGUACAUAGUGUCUGAUGCUGACCAUUUGUGAUCAACGCCCGCGCCUUUCUUGCAUAGAGACGUAAUCUCGGGCUUCAAUUCUUUUCAAAUUCAGAACGCGGGAAUCAACGGUCUGGAUGAGUCGGGUGGAUCGUCGAAAAUCGGCAUGGUAUGCGAAGCGUACUUGCUAAAUUUUGGUUGCUUUUAGGGUUAGGUGAUUGUAGGGAAUUGUUACAGCUGAUUUUCCUGAUUCAUUGUGACAACACCUCAAACAGGUGGUGUGCGACGUCUUUGUCUGCGUUUCUGGGGGAAAAAAUAGGAUGAUUUGUUAUGGAGAAAUGACUCACAUAGCUAGAUUUGUGGCAUUAUGGUAAAUUCACACGGAUCCGAUUCGGAAAUAUGGUUUAGAUCCACAUGUUUGAUUAUGAAUGUAAGUAACUUUGAUGAUUCUUUUUUUUGGAAUAUUUCUUAAUCGAUUUGGGUACUGUUACACA